AUGGCCAAUACUUUGUUGUUUCAUUACAUUUUUUUCGCAUUCUUUUCAUCUUUUGGCUACAUUUUAAUUAGUGCACCUCGCAGUUGUUCUUCUCGGUUUUUUAAUUCUUUUUUCAUCUAUUCUUUCCUUUCUCGCUUCCUUUCGCAUAAUGGUCUUUCUUUCCCUUCUGCAUUCUUUCUUUCAACCACUUCACACCACAAUAGUUUAUCUUCCUUUUAUUUUCAUAUCUUCUUUCUUUCUCUUUUUUCUUUUCAAUGUGUAUAUUAUUUUCUUCGUUUUCUGUUUCAAUUUUGUUAUAUAAUUCUUUCUUUCUUUCUUUCUUUCCCACCAAACAUUAUUACUUUUCUUUUUUUUCUACAAAUCAAAGUAUUAUGUUUUCUUCUUCUUCUUCUUCUUCUUCUUCUUCUUCUUCUUCUUCUUCUUCUUUAUUUUUUAUUUAUUUAUUUUCCUCCAAUGCAAAGCCUCCUAGCUGUUGUUGCUCUUCUUAUGAUUAAUAUAUUUCUUUAUUUUCAAACACGUGUCUCCUAUUCUUCUUCUCUUUCUACCAUAUUUUACUGUCCCUCAUUUUAUCACUUUUCUUUCUUCCUCAUUUUAUCCCUAUUUCUUCGAGUACAUGCUUCAACUCUUUUCUGUCUCUUCUUCCCUUCUCCAACAAGAAAAAUAAUUAAAAUUUCCCUUUUAGUCUCCGAAUCGUGUUUAGGCAGCAUUCUUAAAUGUAUAAAUAUUCAAAGGUUUUCAUAG